UUGUAUAAGAAGACGCCGCUUGAAGUAGGUGUUUAUCAGAUGUUCGCUGAAAUCUCUAGCUGUCAUUUCAUUCUCGUCAACUUUGCUCAUUCGCCUCGGCUCAAUGGAGACAUGCUGAUAGAGCUUUAACGCUGUUACACGUGCACAAAAUGGGAGACUGGGGACUGUCUCUACUGCUCAUCUUUUCGACAGUAGUUCACGAGAUCUCCGCUGUACACGGCAAACCGUUUCCUUGGCAGAGCCGGCACGGUUUCCUCUCAAGCAGCGAAUUCUACUCACCCACCCAGUACCGGAAGACGCCCUCAGGGACGAGAAUCACCAGCAAUCCCUUCAGUAUUCAGGGUCAUUCACGUCAGAAACUUGACAAAACUCCAUUCCAGUUCGAACAGUUGAAUCCACAUCAACGUUGUGUGAAGAAAGCGAAUGACCACACUUCAGCAUCAAGAUUCCGGGACCUAAUCGUUAGUCUAGGUGCAGGGGGCUUGGUCAAACAUCCAUCUUUAUCAGCGUCUAACCGUUAUCACCAGAGUGGCCUUAGACGUUCGACAAGAUCGCAGGUGAAUGAAAAUCAUUUUCUACUCCCAUUUCUUCAAACGAUUAGUUCGCAUUUUGGUGAAUACCUCCGCAGGGUCCUGGGAUGUCAGGCAGAACAUAGAACUUACGUCGCCCAACCAAGAAGCUCUCGUUUAUCCGCUCCGUCUGUAGACCCAAUACAAUCAAUUUCAUCAUCAUCAUCCUCAUUAAACGAGCAGCCACAGUCUCAUUCAUCUCUUAUAUCUGAAAGAUCUGCACCUCAGGUACCAAACAUCCCUAUCCUGCCACCCUUUAAACAAAGACCAUACACUAAAGGGAAGACAGAAUCACAAGAGCCUCGAACGCCCAUCUUCCCCAGUACAAGGCAAGUUGGACAUCACAAAGCGCCCUCUACGGCUUCCUUUCCAAAGUCAUCAGUAUCACCAUCCAGACCGAUACAGAGAUCACCGCACAUUGAUAAACCAUUGGAACCACCAAGGAUUGAAGAUAUCGUGAACACCGAAGAGGUGAACAUCAAUUCACAGUCAUCAAGGUCGGAUAGUUCUGUACCACAGCCAUUUGAAGAACUGCCUUUCUCCCCGCCACCAGUCGAUAUGAGUGGUCUACCACCCCCUGUAUUUGCAAGUAGUGAUUCCAGUGCGUCAUCUCUCCCGGAUAUUGUUCAGACGAUUUCAGAUUCCUCUUCUCGCUUCACACCCGUAAACCCUUCAAUUACUUUCACUUCACCCGGUUUACAGCCGCACCGAAUGAGCGAGGUAUCACUGCUUCCAACAACCGCCGAUCCGACUGGGUCGUCGCCACCACCCUCCAGUCCUGUUACUACUUUAAGUCUUACGAGCCACCCAUCCCACACCUCACAUCCGCCACCAUUCACCUCUUCAACAAUGACAUCGUCAUCUCGGCUUUCAGCUAACAGUCAACCUGGGCAGUCUCAGGGUACAUUGUAUUUCGGACCUCCAGGGUCCGAUGUGAAGGUGUUAGUGGAAGCCAAUGGUGUUCUAAGGCAGUGGCGUAUAGCAGUUCCUCCAAUGUUUGGUAUCAUCGACCUCCUGAGGUACCUGGCCCGUGAACAAGCGGAACCCAUCAACCUAUCCACCCUGGAUCCACACUGCUUCGUGUUGACACGUAUGUUGGGUUUACGGAUCGACGAAUCACACAUCUGGACCGUGACCGUGAUAACAUUACAGCAAGAGGUGAUCUUCCAAGAUCGAUGCCUGCCGUCUUCGAAUCUCUUCAUUCUACCUGGAUACACGCUUGUCUUUCGUUACACACAGACAUAGAUACGGAACGGUUACAAAGUGAUUACAACUCUAUCAUGAGUGAAAAGAAAACGGGUAUUGCUUGCUAUGAACUGUAUUACUUCGCCUAGAAUUGGGGUAGAGCUUAUAUUUUGAGAUAUGGAAUGAAGAUAAACGACUUGUCCAAAGACAUGGUCAGUAAAUAUCCAUCAACGGUUCUAUAUGGGAAAUUUUGAUGUCGGCUUAGUAAAUGUGUUUGUCCAAACAAACCCCACUCCCUUAAUAAGUGUAAGAAAUGAAAACCAAUUAUAUAUAUGACUUGGGUGUUGCUGCAAUCAUUAAAAAAUGUGCGAAAAUAUGAUUACCAAGAUCGAUCUACUGUAUUUUUAACUGAGCACAUCAUUUGCCCUUCUUUUCAAAAUUCGAAAGGGUCAUUAUUUUGGGGAAAUUAGUCAGGAUUGAUCUUUAAAGGAAACC